AUGGGAGAUUUAACAACAUUAAAUAAUAUUGGAAAAGCACUUGAGAAACAAUUAAAUAGAGUUGGUAUCACAACGGUUGAACAGUUAAAGAGUGUUGGUGCAAAGGAGGCAUGGUUAAAGAUAAAAGAACAUGAUACCACAGCUUGUAUCAAUCGAUUGUUGGAACUUGAAGGUGCUCUACAAGGUGUAAAGAAGGAUAAACUGUCAGCAGAUACUAAAACAGAAUUAAGAGCAUUUAGUGAAAAGAUCAAAGAACAAAGAAAACAACAAAGAAAGAAACAAAGAGAAAAUAAUAACAACAACAAAAAAAAGAUAAAGAAUGAAGAGAAAGAGGAAGAAAAAGAGGAAGAGGAGGAGAAGGAUAAGGAGGUAGAAAAAGAAGAAAAUGCUACUACUAUUGAAAAAGAUGAUACAAAAGAAGACAGUAAAAUUACAACAACAAACGAAAAGGAUGAUAAUAAUAAUGAAAAGAAAAGAAAGACAACUGAACAAUCAGUAGAAAAAGAAGAGUCAUCAUCGGAAACUCAAGUAAUACAACAACAAAAGAUCAUUAAAAAAUAG